AAAGGUUGUAUGGACGUAUUUGCGUAUAAUAAUAAUACAUGUAUACGAACAGGUCCAUAAUAAUGACUGAAAUACUCUAUCGUUAUUGGCACACACAACGAAUUCGAUAAUAAUUUAUCUAUAUUUGAAUCUUGAUUUCCUUAGUCAUUAUUAUUAUAAGCGGGACAAUGUACCUCUCUCGUCCUUCUACUGGGCCGACUAUGUUCGUGUACAUUGUUAACCAUGCACUGUCUGUGGUCGUUAGUGUUUUCGUUUCUGUUCGUGCUCCUGGUGGCUGUUAUUAUUAUACACAGCAAAAGUGUGGUGCCGCAUACCCAACAUUAUGGAAUGCAAUACAACUAUUCGCGUUAUUUUAGUUAUUACAAGAAUCCUGCCAUGUCUGAAAAAGUUGAACAGCGUAUCGAUGAUAUCGAAAAAUCCCUCGGAGAUUCCCGGAUCUACCGUGGUUUGAUUUUGAAGAAUGGACUUACCGCAUUGUUGAUCAGCGAUCCUGACACUGAUAAAUCAGCUGCAUCACUAUCGGUUGCAGUGGGUAGCUUAAGUGAACCAAAAGAUCUCCCUGGCUUGGCCCAUUUUUGUGAACACAUGCUGUUUUUGGGCACAAAAAAAUAUCCAAUAGAAAAUGAAUUUACUCAGUUUUUAACACAAAAUGGUGGAUCUUACAAUGCAUAUACUGCAAAUGAUCAUACAAAUUAUUAUUUUUCUACCAAAACAGAAUCACUUCAGCCAACAUUGGACAGAUUUGCUCAAUUUUUCCUUGAACCAUUAUUUACUACCAAUGCUACUGAAAGAGAAAUUUGUGCUGUUAAUUCUGAGCAUCAAAAAAAUGUUGCUGAUGACUUUUGGCGUCUAGCACAAUUAGAAAAAAAUGCAGCCGAUCCAAAUCAUCCUUACAAUCAGUUUGGAACAGGUACAAAGGAGACGUUGUGGGAUAUUCCAAACUCAAAAAAUAUUAGUGUUCGUGAUAAAUUAUUAGAGUUCCAUUCUAAGUUGUAUUCUUCACAUCUAAUGUACUUAUCAGUACUUGGAAAAGAAGACCUAAAUACUUUGGAAGAAUUGAUUGUAUCUUUGUUUGGAGAUAUUGAAAAAAAAAAUGUAGAUAUGCCAUAUUGGUUUGACCCAAUUUAUAAAGAAGAACAAUUGGCAACUAAAACUGUUGUAUUUCCAGUAAAGGAUAUCAGAGUACUUUCUAUUACCUUUCCUAUUCCUGAACAGAGCAAAUAUUAUAAAAGCAUGCCUAACAGGUAUUUAAGUGCAUUAUUGGGACAUGAAGGUCCUACAAGUAUUUUGGCUGCAUUAAAAAAAAGAGGGUGGUCUAGUAAACUUUCAUCUGGUAGUAAAGUUGAAGCUAGGGGCAUUGAGCUUUUUGAUAUUGAUGUAGAUUUGACUGAAAAAGGAGUUGAUCAUGUUGAUGAUAUUAUCAAAUUAAUUUUUCAAUAUAUUAAUAUGUUGAAACGUGAAGGACCUCAAGAAUGGUUCCAUGAUGAAAAUAAAAAUAUUAGUGCAAUGCAAUUCCAAUUUAAAGAUAAAGGAUCACCAUUGGAUUAUGUUUAUCGGUUGUCUCCUCAUAUGAUUACUUUUAAAUUGGAAGAUGUUUUAACAGCGGAAUAUUUAAUAAAAGAUUGGAGACCAGAUUUAAUUCAAGAACUUUUAUCUUAUUUUAGACCAGAUAAUCUAAGAUAUACAGUGGUUUCAAAAACAUUUGAAAACCAAACUGAUACUAUAGACAAAUAUUAUGGAACGCCAUAUAAAAUUAGUAAAAUAUCACUGGAGACUUUAGAUGAGUGGAAAAAAGAUGAUUUAUGUGAAGAUUUAAAAAUGCCAUCAAAAAAUGAAUUUAUUGCUACUGAUUUUACUCUUGUACCUAUUGAUAAAAAUGAACCAAGUCAUCCACAUAUUAUUCAUGAAUCCUUAUUAUUAAGAACAUGGUUUAAGACAGAUACAGAGUUCAGAUUUCCCAAAGCAUUUGUUUCAGUUGACUUUUUCAGCUAUAUUGUAAUGACCGAUCCAUUCCACUGCAAUAUUAUGAGUCUCUUUGUGAGAUUAUUCAAUGAGGAUUUUACUGAGUACACAUGGGAUGCUACUAGAGCUAGUCUAAAUUUAAUUAUUAAGCCUAGUAGUUAUGGUUUUAAGAUUCACUUAAGUGGAUUUAAUCACAAAUUGCAUAUUUUGCUAAAGAAAACUAUGGAUAAGCUUUUAUCUUUCAAAAUUGAUCCUCUGCGUUUUGAAAUUCUCAAGGAGGAAAAAAUUAGAGAUUUGAAAAAUGUUGCCAUGGAGCAACCAUAUCAUAGUGCGAUGAGAUACAAUUCUGUAAUUUUAUCAGAAAAUGAAUGGACCCCUAAUGAAUUAUUAGCAGCUAUUGAUGAUGUUAAAGUUGAAAACAUUGAAGAAUUUAUUAAAAAAUUCCUCUCACAUAUGUUCAUGGAAUCAUUAGUUUAUGGUAACAUUGACAAAACACAAGCAUUGGAACUAAUAAAUAUUUUAGAAAAACCAUUCCUGGGUCGUAAUGGAUUCCGUAAAUUAUUGCCACGUCAAAUGAUGAGGUCAAGGGAAGUACAACUUGAGGACAGUGAGAACACUUUAUAUGAAACAACUAGUGAACAUCAUAGCAGUUCAUGCGUUUAUAUUCAUCUACAAUGUGGUAUUCAAUCUAUAUUGAAUAAUAUGAUAGUCAGCCUUUUUAACGAAAUUAUCAAAGAGUCUUGUUUUAAUAUAUUACGUACCCAGGAACAACUUGGAUAUAUAGUUUUUAGUUCGUCAAGCAGAAGCCAUGGAGUUCUAAACUUACGUAUUAUUGUUCAAUCUGACCGUACUCCAAUGUAUGUUGAUUCAAGAAUAGAAAACUACAUCAACACUAUUCAAGAAUUAUUGAAAAAUAUGACUGAAGAGGAAUUCAGUACUUAUAAAGAUGCUUUAACUGUUAAAUUGUUAGAAAAGCCUAAAGGUUUAUUCAAACAAGCAGCCGUCUAUCAACUAGAAAUUGAUACACAAGAUUACAAUUUUAAUCGCGCAAAAAUUGAAGUAGAAGCCUUAAAAUCUAUUCAAAAAGAUGAUAUUAUUAAAUUUUAUCAAGACCAAAUCAGUCAGUCUGGGCCAAAAAGACACAAAUUGGCUGUACAUGUCAAAUCUACAUUAAAGAAUACUACUCAGGAAGAUACACUAGAAGAUAAUUCAUUAGCAAAUAAUAAUACCAUAAUAAUUACAGACAUCACAGAUUUUAAGAAGAAACAUCGGUUGUAUCCAUUGCCAAGUCCAUUUAUUCCAGUUGGACCUUCUUCUACAAAAUCUAAAUUAUAAUAUGGAUUCCAUUGAAUUUUGUUUUAAAAAACAUAUGUUACUUAUAUUUUUA